GAAAGAACACGCAUUCUACGUCUUGUUUAUAUUUCGUCUGCAUUGUUGUAUAAUGAAUGGGAUGAAUCGGUGCUAUUUUUAAGAGGGGAAAAAAAGGAAGUUGCCCGGUUCCUUGGCGUUUUUUUUGGGAAUCAUUCGAGCAGUUUCGCUCAGAAACAUCGAUCGGGAGAACUCCGGGACCGCCUGACGUCAGAUCUGCGGGAAAUAGGCGUUCCCAGAGUGAGUGGAAACAACACAAAUACAGCUGCCUCCACCAGCCCACUUCCCCUCAAUCCCAGGGCAGCAGGUCCAAGUUACUCCUGAUUCGCCUCUGCAUAUUCCCAAGCUCUGCCGUCCCUCUCAAAUAAAACUAUCACCGGGUACAACUUGCAGUGUGCGGCUGGCAAGUGGCAAACACACACACACACACAAACACAAACUGAAAGUCCCAGGACUUAAUUUUUUUUUUAAUUUGAGAAACCGGUCAAGAGAGAAGGAGGUGGGGGUUUGCAGAAAACCGACAUCUCAAGUGAUCGAUCCACUGUCCGAAAGGGGAUGGAUCUCCAAACGGGGAUGCAGAAGAUGUCCAUUCUCUAUCAAACAGGAAAAGGGGUUUCAUGUUUGGGAUGCAGAGGAAUGUGCAAAGCAUUUGAGCCACAUCCUUGGAGGAAGAUAUGCAAGUCAUGCAAAUGCAACCAAGAGGAUCACAACUUGCACUCUGAUGCUGAAGAUGAUCGGAAAAUCGGCCGCCUUUUGGCUGACUCUAACUAUUCUAAUCUGACUGCGCGAGUGAAGGGAGGAGAUGGAGUCCGCAUUUAUAAGAGGAACCGAAUGAUUAUUACCAAUCCCAAUGUAACAAAGAAAGAUCCAACUUUUGACACAGUCACCUAUGAGUGGGCCCCACCAGGGCUGACCCAGAAACUGGCUAUUCAUUAUAUGGAACUUAUUCCAAAGGAAAUGCAACCAAUUGCUGGCACAGAAGGGGCCUACUAUCGCCGUAAGCAACUAAUGAGGCAGCUGCCAGUCUACGACCAGGAUCCCUUCCAAUGCCAUGCUUUGUCAGAGAGUGAGGUGAAAACCAUGGAGGAAUUUGUCAGGAAGUACAAGAGCGAGUCGCUGGGAGUUGGAGAAGUGGCACUGCCAGGCCAGGUGGGUAGUGCCAAAGAAAAAGCUAACCAGAAGCAGAAAAUCGAAGCCACGGGGCAAUUUGGCAAUGGCAAGAUAGCAAAGGGGGAGCCUCAGCAUGGUCCUGCUUCAACCAAUGGAACGCCGACAAAGGCCCAAGAGAAAAAUGAAUAUUGUUGUGAGCUUUGCAAGCAGCCAGUUAGCAACGAGAACCCCGUGGUGUAUGGGGAGCGAGCAGGGUAUGACAGGCUCUGGCACCCAGCGUGUUUUUUGUGUAGCUGGUGCAGAGAACCUCUGGUGGAUCUCAUCUACUUUUGGAAGAGUGGGAAGCUCCUAUGUGGUCGCCAUUUCUGUGAGAGUGAGAAGUACCGCUGUGUUGCCUGUGAUGAGUUAAUUUUCUCAGAAGACUACGUAGAAAGUGAAGGACUGACAUGGCACAAGAAACAUUUCUGCUGCCUGGAAUGUGAGCAGCCACUGUUGGGAAAGUCCUAUGAGCUGGAGCAAUCCAAGCUGUCCUGCACAUCCUGUUACAAAAGCACCAAGAAAAUAUGAUGGGCUUUCCCUGGAACACUGAUCCAUGUUGUGUUUUCAUAUGCAGUACACAUUAAAGCUAAGAAAGUUUAGUCAGCUAAAAGCAUAGGAAGCAGAUCUAACUAUGAUACCGUAACCAGUUUCUAUGAGUGAAGUAGUUCAACAGAGUGGGCAUUUUUUUUGUUUUAUUUAUUGUCACUGUAUUUUGUAAAUGCAUGUUACAAAAUACAAUGAAAAGUAUUGUAUAGUGUCACCACUCUCUGACGCCAUCUUACAACAUAGACACAUAAACCAGCAUAUCGAAUAUAAAGGCAGAAAAAUAAAGGAUCCUUUAAAAUCUCUACAAGAUUCAUAUUAAGACCAUGUUGAGGUUUGUGUUAUUAAUUGAUUAUUUUGCAAUGCCCCUCUGAGCGAAACACUUUACCAUCCAUAGAAAUGACCCUUUUUUAAUAUAAAAUGCUCAAUUGAUGUAGGUUUGCUCACUGAGCUGGAAGUUUCAUUUGGAGGCUCAC